AUCUAGGCGCUUCCAAAUUAACGCAGCCGGUUUCCGCCAACAAGCAUGGCGGACGCAGCGAGCAGUAGGGCCAUGGAUGGCGCACCUUUAGUGGGAAACGAGGAGGGUGGCGGAGCCGGAGGCUCGACCCAACCGGAGGGACGAGCAGCAGCGAGCGGCGCGCAGCAGAAACCGCUUUGCCUCAUCGUGCUCGGCAUGGCGGGCUCCGGGAAAACCACGUUCGUUCAGCGACUCACGGCCCACCUGUACGCCAAAGAGCGUCCGCCCUAUGUGAUCAACCUGGACCCGGCUGUCCACGAGGUUCCGUUUCCGGCCAACAUCGAUAUCCGUGACACUGUCAACUACAAGGAAGUCAUGAAGCAAUAUGGUUUGGGUCCUAAUGGAGGAAUUGUCACAUCUUUGAACCUGUUUGCAACCAGGUUUGACCAGGUCAUGAAAUUCAUUGAGAAAAAGCAGAGCUAUCACCAGUAUGUCCUAAUUGACACACCAGGGCAAAUUGAAGUUUUCACGUGGUCAGCUUCUGGAACCAUCAUCACUGAAGCUCUGGCAUCCUCGUUUCCCUGUGUUGUAGUGUAUGUGAUGGAUACGUCUCGAAGUGUUAACCCUGUGACCUUCAUGUCCAAUAUGCUCUAUGCCUGCAGCAUUCUGUACAAGACCAAGCUCCCCUUCAUUGUUAUCAUGAACAAGACAGACAUAAUCGAUCACAGCUUCGCUGUUGAGUGGAUGCAGGAUUUUGAAGCAUUUCAGGAUGCCCUGAACCAGGAGACGUCCUACGUCAGCAACCUGACCCGCUCCAUGAGUCUGGUGCUUGAUGAGUUCUACAGCAGCCUGCGAGUGGUGGGGGUGUCAGCGAUCACGGGGAGCGGCCUGGAUGAGCUGUUUGUCCAGGUCUCUGAAGCCGCAAAGGAGUACGAGACGGAAUAUCGUCCUGAAUAUGAAAGACUUCGCAGAGAGCUGGCUGAAGCCCAGAACAAGAAACAGCAGGAACAGCUGGAAGCCCUACGGAAGGACAUGGGAACUGUUCCCAUGGAAACUGGCGCAAAAGCAGCCUCGGACAUUGCUGGACCCAGUGAUCUCAUAUUUUCUCGAGGGAUUGCCGAUGAUGAAGAUGAGGAGGUUGACAGCGACACCGAUGACAUUGACCACAAUGUCACAGAGGAGAGCAAGGAGGCCGCAGCCUUCGGUAACUUCCUGAAGGAGCGGAAAACAGCGGUGGACAUGCGCAACAGGAAGAAUGUGUGAAGGGCAGCUUGAAUGUCGCAUCCCGUCACACCUUGACCAGGAAGACAGUGACUCUGCAAAGACAGGAGAUCAGCUAUCAAGCUGCUUGUUGGACUGCCGCUUCUUGAUUGUACAUAUUUAUUAUUAUUUUUAUCAGAAGCUUUUUUCAGGUUUGUUCCGAGCCUUCAAGACACUUUGGAAGUAACCUUUCGGUGAAUGGGAGCUACAAGUUUUUCCACAUGACUGAAGCAGGCUGGUUAUUGCACUUAUUUAAAAGGAAGUAGUGGUUUCUCUUUUGUCAUGAUGAUGACUUUCCGUCUUCGUCCUUUUCCUGGAGAGGUAUAACGACCAAAGGCCACUUUCCUUUCGAAAUGCUCUUUUCCGGAUAGUAUACCCUAAGGGAUUAUUUUAGAUGUAUUUUUCCAUAAAGGCCAUGAAUAGCUGUGCUCUCUUACAAGUUUGUGAAAUGUAAGAGGUGUAUUCUUCUGGAAGAGUGUGUUUUAUAACUGGAUUGGCCUCGGGCUACCAGUGGAAUAAAAGUGCAGAAGCAUGUGGUUAAGGCCCUGGCCCAGUGAGUGUGUGAGCAGAGCCUCUUCAGUGUGGGUGCUGCGCUGGCACGGUGAUCACGCAGCCGGAUGCGCCAGGGCCUGCGCCAGGGCCUACGCCUUGCCUCCGUCUGCGAGUGUCCUCUCACCCGCUGUCCAGAACACACG